AGUGGAGGGGCCCCCCCGGGUGGAAGUGACGCCACCCCCGCGGCCCAAAAUGUCGGCGCCCAGAGGGAGGUAGAUGCCCCAGGCAGGGCACGUGUGGACCCACAGCCAUGGAGGACAGCGGUGUGGACGGUCCUCUCCCUGCGGCCGGCCCGGCCCCGGCACCGACCCCUCCGGUGGCCCCCCGGGUGCCCUUCCACUGCAGCGAGUGCGGGAAGAGCUUCCGCUACCGCUCGGACCUACGGCGCCACUUUGCCCGCCACACGGCUCUCAAGCCCCACGCGUGCCCCCGCUGUGGCAAGGGCUUCAAGCACAGCUUCAACCUGGCCAACCACCUUCGCUCGCACACGGGGGAGCGGCCCUACCGCUGUUCCGCCUGCCCCAAGGGCUUCCGCGACUCCACGGGCCUCCUCCACCACCAGGUGGUCCACACAGGUGAAAAGCCUUACUGCUGCCUGAUCUGUGAGCUGCGCUUCUCCUCCCGAUCCAGCCUGGGCCGUCACCUGAAACGACAGCACCGGGGGAUGGCCCCGCCGACCCCCGCAGGCUUGGGCCCGUCCGGCUUGGUGCCGGGCCUCCUUCCUACCCUGGGGCCCCCUGGUAGCCUCUCAGUCCCAGGUCCGUCCUGUAGCGCCUGCUCUGAUGAGGGCCCCUGCAUGGCCUGUGGGGGUGGCCCAGAGCCCCCCGGUCCUGGGCCAGGGCCCUGGGUGGGCGGCUGGGGGACUGGCGGGACAGGCCCCUUUGUCUGUGGGGCCUGUGGCCGCUGCUUCCUGGCAGGAGCUGAGCUGGCCUCCCAUUGGGCUGCCCACACAGAUGUGAAACCCUUCAAGUGCCCACGUUGUGAGCGCGACUUUAAUGCCCCAGCCCUGUUGGAGCGCCACAAGCUCACCCAUGAUCUCCAGGGCUCCUGGCCUGGGCCUGAGGGCAGGGAGGCGGGGCUGGAAGUUCCUGAGGGGCCCCAGGAGCUCCCCUCCGAGGGGCCCCAGGUGUUUCCCUCUGAGGAUUUACAGGAGUUCCCUGAAGAGGGGCCCCAGGAGUUUCCCUCCGAAGGGUCCCACGAGUUCCUUUCGGAGGAGCCCCAGGAGUUCCCCGAAGAGGAUCUCAAUGAGUUCCACCCUGGGGGGCCCCAGGAGUUCCCUCUGGAGGUGCCCCCAGAGGGGCCCCAGGAGGACCCUGUGGAGAUACCAGAGGAAGUAUCCCAGGAGUUAGCCGGGGAGGUGCCCAUAGAGGUAUGCCAGGAGUUACCUAUGCAGGUACCUGGGGAGGAGGCCCAGGAGGGGCCCUCUGAUCCAGACGUGGAGGCCCCGUUCCCCGUGACCGCUGAGCUGGGCGAGGCCUCCGAGGAGACCCUGUACCAGUGCGACUGCGGGACCUUCUUCGCCUCGGCGGCAGCCCUGGCCGCCCACCUGGAUGCCCACUCGGGCCCAGCGUCCUGCGUCUGUGGGGUGUGCGGGGCGGUCUAUGGGGCGGUAGCGGCCCUGGAGGAGCACCACCACGGGAGCCACGGGGCUGGGCCUUCUCCAGGGGGGCCCCCGGCCGGCUCUGGCCGUACCCCAGCAGCUCUGGCGGCGGCGGCCGCUGGGAAGAAGGUUUUCAGCUGCUCCGAGUGCGAGAAGCUCUUCCGUUCCCCGAGGGACCUGGAGAGGCAUGUGCUGGUCCACACCGGGGAGAAGCCCUUCCCGUGCCUGGAGUGCGGCAAGUUCUUCCGGCAUGAGUGCUACCUCAAGCGUCACCGGCUGCUGCACGGGCCCGAGCGGCCCUUCCCCUGCCACGUCUGCGGCAAGGGCUUCAUCACUCUCAGCAACCUCUCCCGUCACCUGAAACUGCACCGAGGGAUGGACUGAGCAGCCCCCUGUCCUGGAGAGCCUCCUGGCCUGAGUGGGACCAAGGGAACCUUGGAAUUGGAGGGGGAGAGGAGAGGGCUUCUGGUCUGGAGGGACCCCCCAACGUGAGGGCCGGGGGAGGGAAACUGAGAGCUGGGGAAGCCUUGGGACCCAGCCCUGGGUCAGGGAAGACCCCAAGGCCCCUGGCCCCUGGCAGAGCCUCCUGUCCUGAGAGAGCCUUGGAACACAUCCACCUGGCUCUGGACCUCGCCUUCUUCACUCUCCAGGAAGGGCCCUCCCACCCAAGCCAAUCCCCGAAGGAAGGAGGAUGGCACAGGGACCCCAGAGAAGGGGCUGAGCCUGGUGCCCCUGCCUGCCCCCACCUCUGCCCUCAGAGCUGCUGUGGGCUGUGCUCUCUGACACCCCCUCAUGCAAGGCGGACUGCUCUGAAUGGACAGAACCAGUCCGGAUAAGGCUUUCACCUCAUUCCCCCUUCUCCCAUGGACCAGUCUAGAGGCUGUCAACCUUACCCCCUUAGAAUGAAUUAACCAAGUUUGUCCUUUAUGUAGAAUGUGGACUGGUUCCCAACCCCGCUGCCCUCCCCCUUUCCCCAUGCCUCCCCCUCUGUCCUUCCCACAAGGAAUGGGCUUCCUUCCAGCCUGGGAAUAUCCCCUGUGUCCUCUGUGGGUUUUGGGUCUCUCUCUGUCUCUCCCGUUUGUGUCUGUCUCUGUGUCCCCCCCCCCCCACAGGCCGGUCCCCGAGGACAGGGGUGACUCAUCUGGAGGUCCUCCUGUGUGAGCAUCUGCUUGCCUCCUCUCCUUCCCCACGUCCUCAGGACCCUUAAUAAACUGGCCUGACACUUAC